AUGACGACGCAGCAGCCAGAAUGGACGCAGGCGGCGUCGGACUUGAUGGCUCGCACGGCGGCACUGGCCCGCAAGAAGGCAAACGGCUACCUCGACCCCGUGCACCUCGCCUACGUCAUGUUUGAAGAUGAAAACAGUCUUGCCUCCCGUGUAGUGCGCAAGCUCGGUGCCGCCUCGGUGAAGGACGGACUGGAGGCACGUGUCGACGCGAUUCCCACGCAGAUGCCUGCACCGACGCAGCCGCGGCCCAACUCGGACAUGAUGCGUGUAAUGAAUACGGCGGAGCAGGAGCGUGUUGCCCUCGGAGACACCCUCAUGGCCGCUGAUCACUUCCUCCUGGCCCUGCACGAGAGCAAGGAGGUGGGCAGAAUCCUGGAUGCUGCAGGGGCUGGCAAGAAGGCGAUUCGCACCACGCUGCUCGAGAUGCGCAAGGGGAAAAAGAUAACCUCCGACUUCCAGGACGACAACUACGAGUCACUGAACAAGUACGCAGUCGAUCUCUGCAAGCAGGCGGAGGACGGAAAGCUGGACCCGGUUAUUGGUCGCGCCGACGAGAUUCUGCGCACCAUCCGCGUGCUGUCACGGCGCACCAAGAACAACCCGGUGCUGAUUGGGGAGCCUGGAGUGGGCAAGACCGCGAUUGUGGAGGGCAUUGCGCAACAGGUGGUGCGAGGCGACGUGCCGGACACCCUUUCCGGCAUUCGCAUCUUCUCACUGGACAUGGGUGCGCUGAUCGCCGGUGCCAAGUACCGCGGCGAGUUCGAGGAGCGCCUGAAGGCCGUGCUGAAUGAGGUGAAGGAAAGCAACAAUACGAUCAUCCUCUUCAUUGACGAGAUCCACCUCGUACUCGGCGCCGGCAAGUCCGACGGCGCGAUGGACGCCGCGAAUCUGCUGAAGCCGCUGCUGGCCCGUGGCGAGCUGCGCACGAUCGGUGCCACAACGCUCGAGGAGUACCGCCAGUACGUGGAGAAGGACGCCGCUUUCGAGCGACGCUUCAUGCCAGUGCAGGUGAAUGAGCCGUCAGUCGAGGAGUGCAUGAGCAUCCUGCGUGGGCUGAAAGACCGCUACGAGCAGCACCACGGUGUGCAGAUCACGGACAAGGCUGUUGUGGUGGCGGCGCAGCUGGCUGGCCGCUACAUUACGAACCGCUUCCUGCCGGAUAAGGCGAUUGACCUGAUUGAUGAGGCGUGCGCCAACGUGCGUGUGACGCUGUCGUCGCGGCCGGCCGAGAUCGACGCCCUCGAGCGCAAGAAGCGCCAGCUGGAGAUCGAGGAGAAGGCGUUGCAGCGCGACAAGGAUCCGUCGGUCAAGGAGCGGCUGAAAGCCGUGAAGGCGGAGAUUCAGAAGGCGGAGGAGAAGCUUGGCCCGCUUCUUGCCAAGUACGAGCAGGAGCGUGGCCGUAUCGACGAGCUGCAGGCAACACAGGCGAAGCUGGACGAGAAGAAGGUGAAGCUGGAGCGGGCGGAGCGGAUGCGUGACAUGGAGACGGCAGCAGACCUCAAAUACAACGUCAUCCCGAUUAUCCAGGACAGGAUCCGAUCCCUCAAGGAGGAGAUCGAGAAGCAGAAGACGACGAUGCUGCAGGGCACCGUGACCGAGACGGACAUCGCCACUGUUGUAUCGCGCUGGACCAAUAUCCCGGUGACAAAGCUGAGCCAGACCGAGCGCGAGCGCCUGCUGCACCUGGCCGACCAACUGCAUCUCCGUGUGAAGGGCCAGGAUGAGGCCGUGAACCGUGUUGCGGAGGCCAUUCUGCGCUCACGUGCCGGCCUGUCCCGCUCUGACCGGCCUACCGGCUCCUUCCUGUUUCUCGGCCCCACCGGCGUGGGCAAGACAGAGCUGUCCAAGGCCGUAGCCACAGAGCUCUUCGACGACGCCAAGUACAUGGUGCGACUGGACAUGAGCGAGUACAUGGAGCAGCACUCUGUGGCGCGGCUGAUCGGCGCUCCGCCAGGGUACGUCGGCCACGAAGAAGGUGGCCAGCUCACGGAGCCGGUGCGCCGUCGCGCAUACACGGUGGUGCUGCUGGAUGAGGUGGAGAAGGCGCACCCGAACGUCUUCAACGUACUGCUGCAGGUGCUCGACGACGGGCGGUUGACCGACUCCCACGGCCGCACCGUGAAUUUCUGCAACACGAUCAUCAUCAUGACAUCCAACUUGGGUGCGCAGUAUCUACAGAAUAUGGACACCUCACCGAAGGCCUACGAAGUGGCACAGGCACAGGUGAUGGGCGAGGUAAGGAAGUUCUUUCGCCCGGAGUUCAUCAACCGACUGGAUGACAUCAUCCUCUUCCGCUCUUUGGGCUCGAAGGAGAUGAUGGGGAUCAUCGACCUCAUCGUUGAGGAGCUGAAUGGCCGCCUCAAGGAUCAGUCCAUCCGUGUCUCCCUCACCGAGGAGGCGAAGCACUACGUAUUGGAGUCCGCCUUCGACGCGGAUAUGGGCGCUCGUCCGCUACGGCGCUGGGUUGAGAAGAACAUCACAACAGAGCUCAGCCGCAUGAUCAUCUCGCAAGAGCUGUCGCCAAACAGCACGGUGAAAGUGACUCUCAGCAGCAACCAUAAAAAGCUAUCCUUCUCGGUGAAGCGGACGGCGGGGUAG